UCUUCUUUCAGAAUCAAUCAAAAGUGUAUAAAAGAACGAUAAAAAAGAAGGAAAAUCAACGUAUGUGCAUCUCAUUGCGCAUACGAAGAUAUAUAAUUGUUGAUAUAUACAAUGGUAAAAAUAUGCAUUUAUCCACCAAAAUUUGAAGUUUUCUCAGUGCUUAUGGAAGACGUUGUUCAGAUCUGAAUUUUCGAAGGAGCUAAAUAAAUACUGAGAAAUGGAAGAUAGAUCGUCAAGUUUUUGGGGGCCUGUUACAUCUACACAUGAGUGGUGUGAGUCAAACUACGUCUACUCUUGCUAUAUUGCAGAAUUUUUCAACACCAUGUCUAUGAUUCCAGGCAUCCUUUUGGCACUAUUUGGGCUUGUCAACUCAUUAAGACAACAUUUUGAGAAGAGGUUUAGUGUCCUUCACAUAUCAAACAUGAUACUUGCCAUUGGGAGCAUGUUGUAUCAUGCCACCUUGCAGCGAUUGCAACAACAAGGUGAUGAAACACCUAUGGUGUGGGAAAUGCUCCUUUAUAUCUACAUCCUCUACUCACCAGACUGGCACUAUCAGAGUACGAUGCCCACAUUCCUGUUCCUCUACGGGGCAGUAUUCGCGGUCGCUCAUUCGCAGCUUCGUUUUGACAUUGGUUUCAAAGUGCACUAUGUGCUGCUUUGUCUUCUUUGCAUUCCACGGAUGUACAAGUAUUAUAUUAUCACGGAAGACAUAUCAGCCAAGCGGGCUGCAAAGUUGUACCUAGUCACGCUUCUGCUGGGGACGUUCUGCUGGUUAGCUGACCGUCAGCUCUGCAAGGACAUUUCACGAUGGUUUUUCAAUCCACAGGGGCAUGCAUUGUGGCAUAUUCUCAUGGGUUUCAACUCAUAUUUCGCCAAUACGUUCCUGAUGUACUGUCGUGCUCAGCAACGGGGUUGGGAUCCGAAGGUAAAACACUUGUUGGGAAUUUUCCCCUAUGUGAAGAUUCAAAAACCGAAAUCCCAGUAGAAAGAUAGUAAUCGAUCCCUUGCAGCAGCACGAACUCAGCGCGCUUUCGUGUUAGUUGACGAGCGCAAGUUGUCGUAACUCAGUUUGUCUGAAGAAUGCAAUGUAAAUGAUAGCUUGUAGGAAAAUUUCGUUGGUUAGUGGUUAAGAGUUUCUGACUGUAAAAUUAGCAUUUUGGUGAUGUACCAUACAUAUGGCUAUAUACCGUUAGUGAGCAUUCAUGAAGUAGGUAUAAUUAAUUAAAUUUUUCUGAUC